AUAUAAACAUAACCUCAAUUACUAUCAAACAAAAAGCCGUCAAAUCAUCGUCCAAACAAUUUGCAAACUAAUUCUCUUCUACUCUCGAAAAGGAUCUAGGCUAUUGUUUUCUGUUUAUUUUUUGUGAAAAAAUAAAAGAAUGAGUUCUAUAGGCACAGGUUACGAUUUGUCAGCAUCGCAAUUUUCUCCGGACGGACGAGUGUUUCAAAUUGAUUAUGCAUCUAAAGCCGUGGAGAAAAGUGGAACCGUUGUGGGGCUAAGAGGCAAGGACAGUGUUGUUUUAGCGGUGGAAAAAAUAGUAACAAGCACACUGUACGAAGCUGAUGCCGGUGCCCGCAUUUUUACAAUCGACAAAAACAUUGGACUAGCCAUUGCAGGUCUUUUGGCUGACGGCCGUUAUAUUGUGGACAUAGCACGUCAGGAGGCUGCUAAUUAUCGCCAACAGUUUGAGCGCACAAUACCAUUAAAACAUUUGACAGAACGAAUUUCUGCGUAUGUACAUGCAUAUACGUUAUACAGUGCAGUGAGGCCUUUUGGAGUCUCUGUAUUGCUAUCAGCAUGGGACGAAGACCAGGGUCCCCAAUUGUACAAGAUUGAGCCAUCCGGUUCGUCUUUUGGCUACUUUGCUUGUGCAAGCGGUAAGGCAAAACAACAAGCUAAGACAGAGAUGGAGAAAUUCAACUACACCGAAAUGUCGACCACAGACCUAGUCCAGAACUCUGGAAAAAUAAUUUACCAAGUGCACGAUGAAUUGAAAGAUAAGGAUUUCCGCUAUGAAAUGAGUUUGGUGGGCAAGGAAACAGAUGGCUUACACCGAAUCAACCCUGCGCCAUGGCAUUCCAUGGCCAUAGAAGCAGGAGAAGCCUUCAAGAAUGAGGACGAUAGUGAUAACGAAAUCUAAUUUCACUUGUAAAUGUUUUUUUGGUAAAAUUUUCAUCCUAAGUUUUAUAGAGAUAAUUAUGUAUGCGGGAAUUAAAAAGGCUUUUCACAAGCAAAUAAAAACAGCUGACAUAAUUUAAA